AUGAAUUAUGAGAAUCGUGAGUAUUUUAAGCCCUUCAUCCUUUCUACAUAUAAGAACUAUCUCAAUCUUUCUCUUGGAAAGACCCUUCAAAUAUGGAGUAUUAUUGGUAUUAUCUUUAGUAUAUUAAUUUACAAAAUUAUUUUCAGGAACUUCAAUGGCCUCCCUUUUCUAGUCUAUACCUCAGGUACAACAACUUUAUAUUAUUAUUACUUUACAAUACUUUCUUCAUCUAUAUUGGCGUUACUCACAUCCAUCUUUUCUACCAGAAAACUUGCAAUCUCAUGUUUAUUUUUAACUCUAAUCAAUCUUAUAACCACUAUAAUUAUGCUUAAAGAUAUAAACCACAUUUUUGUUAAUGAAUCUUCAUAUGGAAACAAUUGUAUAUUUGAAUCCGAAUUUUUCCGAGAUUGGAAGAGGCCUUUAUUAGCUCAAUGCUCAGAAAGCUACUCCAAAAUCUGUAUAUCUAAUGAUCAAUUCCACAGUAAUCAUCUUAUUAAAAAUUGUGGUAUUUUAAUACUCGAAGAUGACUCAAGCUGUGACAAUUUUCAGGAUUACCUUAUUUCUACUGGUGUUAUUGACAAGUUUGUCAAUAUUUGUAUUAGCCCUUCAAACUACAAAUAUCAGGUUUAUCUAACAAUUUUCAUCAUAUAUGUACACUACCUAUUCAUAUUAAUUACUACUCCAGUUGGAGUCUGCAUUUUGAGAGUAAUUUAUUCCAUUUACUGUAUUGUUUCCGUUGGAGGUACAGGAUGGGAACAUUUUUCAGCUGAGGAAUUAUUGCUUUCACCUCAAGUUGGAUUGUUAAAUGAGAACCCAAUCAUCCCUUUUAGAUACUCAUUAAAUGGUAAAAAUUUUUUAAGAGUUUAA